AUGGAUCCGAUAGACCAACAAGAUAAAACACCAGCAACCUCGUCACAAACAAAACCAAAGACGAGCAAGGCUUCAUCUAAAACCACAAAACCAUCUAAGUCGAAGAAAACCCAGAGGAGAGCACAAUCUGUAUCUACACACGCACCUCGACAACCAGACGAAAUCGAAGAAGCCGAGACGAUAGUACCUGUAAAGACAGUACCAAAACAGAAACAAAAAAGAGUCGAGUCAUCAUCAUCCGAUGAUACCGACGAUGCCGAAAGCGUAUAUCUAUCAUCCCACGGAGAGACAUCAUCAGAUGAAGACUCCUCAGACUACGACUCAGACUAUGAUUCCGAAGAUAGUGUACAAGAGCUACCCCCUCGUCAGAUAGCGAGAAGAUCAACAGCUAGUGCCGUUAAACCCGCAUCAGGAUCUCCAUUCACAAUCACACAAACUCGAAGCGAAACAACCCGCUGGAUAUCGACACAGAACAACGGAGGCAUGACCCGUGGUACUAGAAGCGUCAACGAGCAGACGACAAUGCAUGGUCAAAAUGUCAAUGGACAACAACAAAGACCAAACCAUAGAAACAGCGUCAGCUUCAAUAUGAGCAUCAACGUCGACAUGUCGUUUAACGGCCUCGUCACAGGUCGAAAUCUGGGCUUUACCGGGGUGUGUAUCCCUGUCAUAUGA